AUGGCAUCAUGGGAGGAUCCAGGAAGAUACUUAGGGCUGCUUGCGAGAUGGGGAAGAUCCAAGAACAGGGUGCUGGAAUGGAUAAAGGAGAAAAUAUUUGACAAGAUGCAAGGAUGGAAAGAGAAGCUUUUAAAUCAAGCCGGAAAGGAGAUUUUGAUAAAAGCAGUAAUUCAAGCGAUCCCGGCUUUUGCUAUGAACGUCAUCAAGCUUCCCAAAUCCUUCUGCAAAGAAAUCGAGGCUGCAACAGCGAGGUUUUGGUGGGCAAACAACGGGAAGGAAAAAAGCAUUCACUGGAAAAGCUGGAAAAAUUUGACUAAGUGCAAAACAAAUGGAGGGUUGGGGUUCAAGGAUUUAGAAUGCCAAAACAUUGCGCACCUAGCGAAACAAGCUUGGAGACUACUAAAAGAGGAGGAAACCAUUUGGGAAAAGAUUCUAAAGGCAAUUUAUUAUCCUAACUGUAGCCUAUGGGAAGCGAGAGAAGGAAGGAACGCGUCAUGGAUAUGGAAAAGCUUAUUGGAGGGGAGGGAUUUCUUUAGAAGGAAGGGUAGAUGGAGCAUAGGGAGCGGAACGGAGAUAGACAUCUGGGAGGAUAAUUGGGUAGCUGGAAUAGGAAGGAACACCUAUCAGCCUGAUAAAUAA